AUGGCUAAUCUUCAAAACCUCAAAGAAGAGCUUAAAGCCAUGAAAGAGAAACUGAAUGAGAUGGAAAACCAGAUUCUUGAUCUCGAGAAAAAAGACUCAACCAAAGUUGUGUUCAGUGCCAUAGCCACUGGAAAUGGACACACUGGACCCUUCAACACAGACAAAACCAUAAUCUACAAUCAUGUGCUAACGAAUGUGGGCAAAGCCUACAAUCACUUUACAGGGAUCUUCACAGCACCAGUUGCAGGUGUUUAUUACAUCAGCUUUUUCUACCACUCCGGAGGAGAAUGUCAAGCACGACUGUAUCUCUACAACAACGACAAGUUAGUUGCCAUGACGAGUGACCACAAAACAACACCAGACAGAGCUGAUAAUGGAGGGAACGUCGUGUUCCUGCAUCUGCUGCCAGAGGACCAGGUGUAUGUCAAACUGGCACCAAAUUCACAUGUUUGGGUGGGGGAGACCCACACCACUUUCAGUGGCCACUUAGUGUAUGAAAUGUAA